AUGCAGUCAAUUCUUCUCACAUUUGGCCUCAUGGUUGCGAUGGCCAAUCUCUAUCUUUUCAUUCGCUCCAUUUUGGAAUUAAUUCAUUCUAUUGGCAGUCUAGUCACUGAGAUCGAACAAAUGUCAAAUCGCGUAGAGCAAUUGGAACGCGGGGUUUCUCGGUUGGCAUUUACCCAGCUAGAUUCUAGCGUCGUGCUUAACAGACUUGUGUUCAGGGACAAAGACAGGGACAGGUUUGGGUAUAGAACUACUCAGGAUAUGAAUGGGCCUUUGCGUGUGGGGAGUGGGCACGAAGACAGCGAUGAUGAUUCCGACGACAGUUAUAUCUAUGAGGAGUCCGAGGAAGUAGAGGAAGAAUUUGAGGAGGAUGACGAAGAGGAGAUUGAGAUUUAG